AUGUUCCGUCUCAAGAAUCUCCUUGUUUUCCUUCUGGUGUUUGGGUUGUUCAUGCAGACUGCCCUGACCAACCCUCAGAGUCCCACUUCCACUGAUGUUGUGAACAUCGACCACCUGGACUCGCACGAGGACAGCCCUGGUGAAGAACCUGACACCCAGCCUACUGCAGACCAUGAUGUCCCCUCCGUGUCCGACGAAGCUGUCCCUGAUGACGCCGUUCUUGAUGGUGACGACCACAGCGAGGGCCUUAUCCAGGGCGGAGGAAAGAACCAGGCCCCACGUCCCGGCACUUCUCGCGAUGAGUCCGCGGAAGACGAUGGUCAGAGCGAUGUGGGUGGUUUUGAUGCUGUUGAUGGCUUGAAUACCACUGAUCACUCGGAACUUGCUGAUAAUUCGAACACCACCGAUGACUCGGAAAUCCCUGUUGGUCUGGAUACCGCUGAUGAGUCGACCACCACCGAUGAUUUGGACACCCCUGCUGAUCUGAACACCACGGAUGAUUCGAUCACCACUUCUGGUCUGAACCUCACCGAAAAUCCAAACAACCAGACGCUGGCUAUCCUGCCUCGCUUUCCUCCCCCGCAAUGCAGGGGGAUCUGCAAUCUGAAGCACAAGUGCCACUGCGAAAAUGGCCCUAUAACCCGUUGCCGUUGCCCCAGGAUUGGCAUCCCAUGCUCGUGCACGCGCUACCUUGAUAGUCCAGCUGCCCGACUGGAAAACUUCCCCACCGAUGAGGGUUCGAACACGACCUCGACCUUGAACUCCACCUCGACCCCGAACACGACAUCCACCCUGAACACUCGCUCGGCCUCGCACACCGAUGAGGAUCUGGACACCAACGAGCAGCAGGAAACUAAUGAGGAGUCGGACACCAACGAACAGUUGGAUACCAACGAGGAAGUGGAGACUACCCCGGUGUCACAUCUCGCUCAAGCGGUAAGCCCCUAG